AUGGGACUCCAGGGUGGCCGGCCACAGUGGGACCCCAGGAGGGCUCAGGCCCCUCGCAGCAGGGCGGAGCAGUGGACCGGGUCUGGUCCGCAGGGGUCGGCUGCCUCUUCGCCAGAGACUGUCACAACUGCCCAGGCAGCUGGGCAGCUGCUCACACCGGCUCCCCCACCCCUAGUCCUCCUGGCCGACAAGGAGGGCGGGCGACCACCAGACGAGGUGGUGGGUGAGGUGGUGCCCGGGUACCGAGCCAGGGCGCGGGGAGGGGCAGCUGGGGUUCACUGUGGACUGGGUCUCUCUGCAGACCCCAGCCUGCCCCGCGUGCAGGUGAUGAGGCUGACGCUGCUGUCCGAGCAGGCCCCAGGGCCUGUGACCAUGGACCUCACAGGGGACCUGGCGGUGCUGAAGGACCAGGUGUUUGUUCUCAAGGAGGGUGCAGAUUACAGAGUGAGGAUCACCUUCAAGGUCCACAAGGAGAUCGUGAGCGGCCUCAAGUGUCUGCACCACACCUACCGCCGGGGCCUGUGCGUGGACAAGGCCACCUACAUGGUGGGCAGCUACGGCCCCAGCGCCCAGGAGUACGAGUUUGUGACUCCGGUGGAGGAGGCGCCGCGGGGUGUGCUGGCGCGUGGCCACUAUGCCGUCACGUCCGUCUUCACCGACGACGACAGGACGGAUCAUCUGUCCUGGGAGUGGGGCCUCCACAUCAGCCGUGACUGGCAGGGCUGGACCCGCCCCCGCCCCCGC